GUCUCCUUCCCUCCUCCCUGCUCAUCCAUCUUAAUACCAUCCUUCAUUCAACAAAGCUAUGCACAACGGGAACGGAAUACGCCAUGACGCGGGGCAUUCAUUUUCCUCACAGCCAGAUCUCGUCCUCCCGACGCAGUCGGUACAGAACCAGAUCCAUGAGCUCGCAAAGACUCUCCCUCCUCCACGGAAACAAAACACCGCUUGUGAUGCAUGUCGUUCGCGCAAAGUGAAAUGCAAUAGAAUUGCAGGCCAGGACAAGCGUCAUCAGCACUGUCUGUCCAAGAAUUAUCCCUGCACCCAUUACGUGCAGCAGGCUACUAGCGAAAAGAAGCGGGCUACCGCCGCAAGACGACCCAGGAAUUUGUCCGUAACCGCUAGCCCGUCCUUGUCCUCCGUCUCGUCUCACUCGUCACCCGUGGAUAACGGCAGUCCACCAUAUGCCAAAGCCAGCUUCAACUUCUCAUGGGGAAAUCUUCGCCCGGGUGCCAUACCCGGUGUCUCGAUGAAUACGACAUCAGCGCAGCUACUUGUGUACCUGUUUUCCCCGCCAGAUUCACCAAGUGAGCCUGGUAAUAUAUACAGCGCUGUCAAGUCAAGACCGGCCCUCUAUGCCGAUUGGGGCGAUGAGGCCCCCAAACUCGAUGAUGAGACGUUCAGAGCAGAGUUCGCGCUCGACUUAGUGGAAGUCUACUUCCAGAUCGUUCACACUCGCAUACCGCUGCUCAACCCGCUGCAAUUUCGAAAUCGGCUGAACCUCGUGUCCAAGUCGUUCGUACCUUUCCGCACAGAUCCUCUCCAUCCAGCGUUGGUAGCUACUGUGUUGGCUUGGGGUGCCAAGUUUUCGGAGCACCCUCUGCUUGUUGCCGAUCGAAGUCGCAACGGCGGGCAAAGCCGAAUAGCCAAGGCGCUCCUCGACCGUGUUCGUGAACUUGCCGAGGCACUCAAAGUUCAUCGGAUUCCCCACAACGACCACGUCGUCAUUUCGCUCCUCAUCGAGCCUCUCCAAUGCCAAAAACCUGAUAAAGAACCUGGUUUCCAUGGUUUCUGGCUCACUAGCGGCAUACGAAAUUUAUUAGGACUCCAGAUUAAUCACAAGUCCGUGAUGGCCACUAUUCAAGACCCUGAAGCCCGUGGGACGAUGAUCUUCGCAUGGUGGAUGGCCUGUUUAUGUGACGCGUUCUCGGCCUUCUACUACCGUCGAAAACCAAUUCUUGACGAAGACGACUAUGACAUCGACUUCUACACCGCCGACCCAAAUUCUCCCGAUGAUGGUGCUCCGUCACCACGAGAACAACUUGAGUUUUUGGGUUAUUACCGUGCUGCCCAUGACCUUGCGCGGAUUUCACGUCGCAUAGCUCGCCUACUAUGCCGCCCUUCGACGGAGGAGGGUUUGCCUCUUGAAGACUUGAUCAGAACAAUGGAUGACCUGGACGAAUGGCGCAAGCGUCACCUCCGAAAAGUCGGUGUCCCACAACAACAAGAGUCGAGAUGGGACUUUGUCACGGCUGUUUCUGCUUGCGCCAGUGACGCUCAGUACCACGUGAUGUGGACCGGACUGUUCUUUGCAGUUGACGAGGUUGGGAUACGAGACAGGGACAAUUCACUUUCGCCAAGUGAAAUGAACCAGAUUGAGACGAAGAAGCGGAAACUCUACAGUGAGGGUUUGGACGCCGCGCUCCGUAUUGCAGGUCUGGCUGGUGUAUUGACCCAGAAUGGCUACUUAAAACUUGACCCUGCCGUCAUGCACGUCAGCAUCAUCCAGGCUGGCCAGCUCCUCGCCAAGAGCGCCCGCCCCGAAGUCAGCGCCUGCAUCGACGCGCUGGAGCAAUAUUCCUACGCAUACGAGGAAGCCCUCGAGUACGCGCAGGAGAUACGCAAGACGUACGAGCACACGUCCGUGCACGGUCCCGAGUUUGCCGAGAUGGCGAGCGCCGUACGCGCGCUCCGCGUUCCCGCUGGCGGCGCCGGUACCGACGACAUGAACGUCGAUCAGGCGGCAAUGCGACAUAGCCCCAACGGCUCAUUGCAGGAUUACAUUGACUUUUAGUGGCUCGACGAAUUGUCGAUUCUUCAUCCCCCUCCUGCUGAUUAUUUCUUGUGCUGCUCUCAUCUAUUUUCCUCUCGACCAUGGCUCCUGCUUCCUUAUUGUAACUGUUUAUGGUUCAUCGUUAUGUUUGUUAUCGCAAGAGGACGUUAUGUUUGGUUUGUUAUUUUCUUUGUAAAAGCCACUUUAACCCGGUAUUACUUAUAGCUUGUGGCUCGUAUCGGACAGUGUAUAUCGCGCAUUGCGUAGGAAGUCUCCAAUCCCACAAGGCUGCAUUGACAACUGCAGUCUUCAGAAAUUAUAGGUUGCCAUAUGUAUGUAUAACCUCUGUAGAUAAAACCGCACAUGAGUGCUGGAAUGAUGUGGGUAGAGUGCGGCGAGUGUGAACCACGAAGAAGAUGGUUUCAAUCGAGUUUGACACUUUUGACGACCUUGGAUAUGCCUGACUUUUCGCCCUGGUAGUUGUUUGCGUCGCCGAUGCCGCCCUUGUACACUGCGCGCUGGGACGAGACGCGCUUCUUGGCCUGCUCGAACUUCUGCCGUUUCUUGACACGUGGGUUGCGUACGGAUUUGCUCCUCCGAGGCGUGAGCCCCUUGUUCUUCAUGAUCGCGCGGGUGAUACCGCGAGGUCCGUCUGCAUCGUCUUGUACCUCUAGACCGGCACGAGUGGCAGCCAGCACAGCUUCGUACGCGUCUUUCUUCGCCGCCUUCUUCUCGGACGAGCGCUUCUUCACAAGCUCGUAGUACCCAUCGGCACCCUGCUCGUCCUCACUGCCACUGCCAUCCUCCGCGCUUUUACCUUUGCGCUUACCCUUGCCAUUGGUGGUGCCGUUGUCGUUCCGCCCAGCCUCCGCAAUCUCAGGAUCAACGUCAUCCAGAUCGUCCCCGCCCUGGCCGAGCAAGCCCUUGCUCUUCUCGAGCGCCUUGGCCUCCCUCGCCUCGCGCUCCUUGCGGCGCUCGCGGUACGGCAGAUCGUCGUCUCCGCCGACGGCGCCUGCGCGCGCGUUCUGCCGGCGCGUACUCGCGCCUUCGAUGCGCGAGACAUGGAACCGGAGCGACUUUUUGCGCGCCUGCUUGUCGCGCGCGUCCGCGUCCUGAAGGAAGGUCGCCUCGCCGAACGCGUCUGCGACUGUGUCGACAGCGUCGACGCCGCCGUUCGCGGCUUUUGAUUUUGACUUUGAUUUUUUGGAGAGAGUAAGCGUGGGCUCGACGAGAUCGAAGACGAGCGCUUUUUCAGACGUCUUGCGCUUCUUUUUGGGAGGAGGCGGCGCGUCCAUUCCCAUGUCCUCGUCUGAAUCGGAGCCGGAGCCGGAGCCGGAGCCGGAGCCUGGCAGCAUCGAUUUGAUCUUGUUGGAUUUUUUCUGCGCCUUGGUUGGCAAAGCACUGGCGUCCUUGAGCAGCUCGUAAAGCUCCUCGUCAUCGAGCCCCUGCCGACGGCCGGCCUCGUACAGCUCGUGUAUGUCCUCUGGGUCGUCGAGGUCCAGUGAUUCAUCAUCAUCAAGGUCUGACCUGUCGUCGUCUUCCGCUGGGUCUUGACCCACUCCGAUGUUCUCGAGCGAGAGGAUAGCUUGCUUGAGCGACAGGAGGCGGCCCAUGAUGGGAUGCCGCGAGAGCAGCUCGGGGCGGGCGGCGUACUUGGGCGAGGAGCGGAGGUGGAUAUAGAAUGCGAGGGUCGUGGUAUAUGUCAGGAGUGCCUGAUAGUACAUGUGUAGAAGGCCAGACUCGAUUCCCUCCUCAGAGUCCUUGUCCAACGCUUCCACCUUGGCCUUCGUCGUCCAUAAGGCACGCGCUGUAUCGUCCCAGUCGCGAACGAGAGCCAGCGCUUCCGGGUUCGUCCUUGCAAGAUGACUCAACAACGCAUGCUUGUCCGUAGGCAGCGGUGCAGGGGCCGCAGGUACGGCAGUAUCAUCCAGAUCCUCCUCGGCAGCAUCCCCAUCCCCAUCCUCCUCCGCCCCGUCCGCGAGCCCAAAGUCGUCCGCGUCCAUAGCGUCCCGCGUACGUGCCUGGAGCCGCCGUGCCUCCUGCUCCUCAAGCUCGUUCGCCUCCUCGUCCUCCGAGUCGACCUCCGCGGCGUUGGAGACGUAGUACGCGCCCUUGUUCCGCCCCCAGCUCUCUUCCUCCUCUCCGUCCUCAUCGUCUUCCUCGUCCUCGCCUUUUUUGCCCUUGGCCUUCUUCCCCUUCUUGGCUUUCUUGUCGGCUUUCGAAGCCUUGGACUUGGACUUGGACUUGGCGGGCACAUCCUCCUCGUCCUCCGACAGCCCGUCCACGUCCAUACCUAUGUCCCCGUCCUCAUCAUCUUCAUCGUCCUCGUCCAUGCCCUUGAGCGCAAACACCUCCUCCUCGGCAUCAUCGUCGUCUACUUGCUCCUCGCCCUCGAGCAGGAUCCGAUCUCUCGACGCAUGAAACUGGUCCUCCUCAUCCAACUCAACAUCGUCCGCCGUAUUCCACUUCCUGAUCGUCCCC